AUGCUUUUUUCCUCGGCUGACGAGAGUAGCACACGUUUGACGGAUGUUCGAUUCGAACCUGGCAAAUUCUUAUCUCCAAUUGAAGGCUACGAGAAGGUACCACUGGUCUCACUUGAACAAGCUAUUCAGCCUCUUGUUUCUAUUGUUCCUGAUAUUGAGCGUAGAGCUUUCGUUGCUCUUCAGCGUUGUCAAAAUCCAGCUGACAAGCUAACCACAGAUCAAUCUGCAGCUAUCUUUCUCUAUACAAUGGAGUGGUCCAAUUGUGUCUAUUUCAUUCUCAACGAAGCUUUAACAAAGGAAGAUCGAAAUCAACUCGUCCCAUGGUUUUCUUACCUAAAACUUCUACUAACAGCUCUCUUUAAACUACCAUCCAGUAAAAGUACGGUAUUUCGUGGCGUUAAAGGUCUUGAUUUAACUACUAAAUAUCCGAAAAAUAAAAACACAGUUUGGUGGAGAUUUAGUUCGUCAACAACAACGGUCGAAGUUCUAAAUUCGGAAAAAUUUCUAGGGCAACACGGAUUACGUACCAUGUUCAGUAUCGAAUGCCUUAAUGGUAAAGUGAUUAAAAAUCAUUCCAAUUAUGAACAAGAGAACGAAGUUCUUUUACUUCCUGGUACACAAUUCGAAGUAAUCAGUCAUUUGGAUGCAGGCAAUGGUCUACAGAUUAUACAGAUGAAAGAGUUGGAGAAUCCACGAUAUCUCAUGCUAGAACCACCAUUUCCAAUUGUUAGAUCCCAGUGCGUAGCAAGUUCAACUUCUGUUGCAUCUUCAUCAGCAGUUCUUUCGGCUUCUGAUGCAAGUGUUGCUAAACCUGCUGCUGCUGCUGCAGCUCAGUCAUCUCAAAAUAGUGAUGAUUCAAGGCCGCACUAUUCGCCAUUUGCUUCAUCAUUAAAAGACAUUGAUCCGGAUGAAACAGCAUACGAAAUCAGAACUCGAUGGGAACAAUUGCAAAAAGGUAAUAUUUGGGGAGCAUUUAAAUGGGCAAACUAA